UCCCUGAUGGAUACGCCUACAUAGUGACGCUGUAGCUAAACACACACGUCAUAACUUUAGAACUUUAGAACUAGUAGCGUUGCUUAGCUACUAGCUUAAUAAAGCUGGUAAGAGUGUCAGAGGCUCUGAGAGAUGUCCCGGGAACAGCUGGCUGUGCAACGGGCCAGGAAGUCCUUCCAGACCGGGAAGACCAAGCCUCUGGAGUACAGGAUCCACCAACUGAGAUGUCUGCUGCGCUUCGUCUCAGAGAGACGGAGGGACAUUGCAGAGGCUGUCAAAAAAGACCUCGGCAAGAGUCAAAAUGGGACUGAGCUGUUUGAGACGAUGGGACUGGAGGGAGAGAUCAAGCUGGCUUUAGACAAACUGGCAGAGUGGGCGGCUCCACGGCCGGUAGAGAAGAACCUCCUGACCAUAGCAGAUGAGGUUUAUGUCCAGCCAGAGCCUCUGGGAGUGGUGCUCAUCAUCGGGGCCUGGAACUACCCCUGGGCUGUCACCCUACAGCCGCUGGUUGGAGCUAUUGCUGCUGGUAAUGCAGCAGUAAUAAAGCCAUCCGAGGUCAGCUCUCACUCUGCCAAGGUCAUGGAGGAACUUCUCCCUCGGUAUCUAGACAAAGAUCUGUACCCAGUGGUGACGGGCGGAGUGACAGAGACCCAGGAGCUGCUGAAGCAGAGAUUUGACCACAUUUUUUACACAGGAAGCAGCAUGGUGGGUAAAUUGGUGAUGGCGGCCGCGGCUCAACACCUCACCCCGGUGACCCUGGAGCUGGGAGGGAAGAGCCCCUGCUACAUCGACAAGGACUGUGACAUCACUGUCGCAUGUCGUCGCAUCACGUGGGGAAAGUUUGUCAACUGUGGCCAGACAUGCAUCGCUCCAGACUUUAUCCUGUGUGAACCCUCCAUCCAGAGCCGAGUAGUAGAAGAGAUCCAGAAGUGCAUCAAGGAGUUUUACACAGAUAAUCCAGAAACCUUUGAGGACUACGGACGCAUUAUCAACCAGCGGCACUUUAAGAGGCUCAUGGCUCUUAUGGAGGGGAGCACAGUUGCUGUUGGUGGAGGCAGUGAUGAAUCCCAGUGCUAUAUAGCCCCCACUGUGUUGAAGGAUGUGACGGGGGAAUCCAAAGUGAUGAAGGAGGAGAUCUUCGGGCCUCUGCUGCCCAUCAUCACAGUGAGCGGUGUAGACGAGGCCAUCCAGUUUAUUAAUGAGAGAGAAAAACCUCUGGUUAUAUACAUCUUCUCCCAUGACAACAAGCUGAUCAAAAGGGUGAUCGCUGAGACGUCCAGUGGAGCUCUGCUGGCCAAUGACUGUCUGGUACACUUUACCGUUAGCGCUCUGCCCUUCGGAGGAGUUGGGAACAGUGGUAUGGGCUGUUACCACGGCCGGCACAGCUUUGACCAGCUCAGCCACCUGCGCAGCUGUCUGAUCAAGCAGCUGAAGAUGGAGGGAGUCAACAGCAUGCGUUACCCCCCUCACACGGCCAAGAAGCUGGGAUGGGCUCGCUUCUUUCUGCUCAAGCAGGUCAAUGUGAGCAGGCUGCGGCGCAUGGCACUGCUGGCCGCGUUGGCUGGCUUGGCAGCAUUUGUGGUGCAGGUAAAGCAACUCAAAUAUUCCAAUCCAGUCCACAGAGGAAUAAAAGGUUUUGCUUUGAUAUCGAUAAUGUUCUGUUUUACACGUCUGUAGUUUCCUAAGAAGUUUCCUGAAAUUAACUAUUUGAUUUGGUACUAAUUACAUGAUGAUUAGAGUUCUGAGACCUUUAUGUGAGUUUAGUGAGUUGCGUUCAGUUUAUAAGCAGUUUUCCAAAGGAAUUUCCUUCAAAUUUAAUCCAAGUAAAUAUUUAUUAAUUAAUGAUUGGACAUUACAUACAUAUUCUGUAUAUGUGUUGAAAUGCAUUGCUUGCCUGUAGACCAAUUUCACUUUAUUGUUGUGAAAUAACUUAAAGUCUCUCUAGAUCAGCCAUUGAUGGAUGUAAAUUAAUAGUCGGACACGGUCUCCAUUUUCCCUGUAAUUAGUACAAAAUUACUCAGUUCCUUUUCAGGAACCUUCCUAUGAAUUUUAUGGAUACAGCUUAGUUCCUUUCUAGGAAAUUAUGACCUGUAAAAUAAAGCAUUAACAUAAUUUAUUUUUUUGGAACAUAAAAUGCAAUAACAUAGUUUUAAAGGUUUUGUGAGAGUUUGAAAACAACUACAAUGCAGAUCAAGAAUCACUUCCACCAAUAUUGUCAGAUUACUUAACCUUUAAAAUCCUUUCCAAUGUCUUGUGUAAUGUUUUGAACAAGAAGAACAAAAACUCUCUCUCACACCAUGGGUUAAUAAUCAACCCAAACGUCAGAGACAAAUGACAACGACUGUAAUGUAAAGCUUUGUUGACAGCUUUUCAUCAAAAUGACCAAUGUUGCUGCUAGUAAAACUACUGUUACCUUCAAGGGCCACACUAUGCAAGUUCCUGUAUUAAAAGAUAAGGCAAAACUA